UGUAGGUGACAGUUGUGUUAAUGUUGGAGGUCCUGGUAGCAGUCAACACGAAACUUUGGCUGACAUCGAACAUAUAUCAACGAUAGCCGGCUCAUUGGUAUCAAUUGGUUCAAUAUCACACACACAACCACGCUAUGGAACUAAUGAUGCUGGCUAUGAUACAGAGCACACUUCGCUUAAUUCGGAUUUCGAUGAAGCGGAAUUACGCAGAGAGCUUUUGAGAGAUAAAUGGAAACUUUUAUUUGAUAUGUUUGAUCCUGAAGGAUUUGGUGAAAUCACUGUGGAUGAGUUUAUAAAUGCUUUAAAAUCACCAGAAUUUAUAUCACAAGUGCCUAUGAAUAAACGUGAGCUUUUAUUGGAGAGAGCAAAAAAGGCUAAAUUACCCAUUGGACCGGGCUACAUAACAUUCCAAGAUUUUGUUAAUGUGAUGAGUGGUAAACGCACACGCAGCUUUAAAUGUGCAGUACAUCAUCGCGAUCGUGAAGUUUGUUCUGAGAAUGAUUUUCAUUUGGUUUUAGAAGAACCGCCCUUCUUUAAAAAAAUGGUUCAUGUCAUUGCAAUGGAAAUACUGCCCGAAGAGCGUGAUCGCAAAUAUUAUGCAGAUCGUUACUCAUGCUGUCCGCCGCCAUGGUUUAUAAUUCUCAUCACCAUUAUUGAGUUAACGUUAUUUACGUAUCACACCUUAAAUACAGGAGAAGCUGAUCCCGUGGGUCCGGUGCCCAUCGAUUCUUUGUUUAUAUACCAUCCAGAUAAACGUCAUGAGUUAUGGCGUUUCAUGUCAUAUAUGUUCCUGCAUGCAGGUUGGUUUCAUUUGGGCUUCAAUUUGCUGAUACAACUGGUGUUUGGUCUACCAUUAGAGAUGGUACACGGUUCCGGUCGUAUUGCUUGUAUAUAUUUCUCUGGUGUUUUGGCAGGUUCAUUAGGCACCAGCAUAAUUGAUCCGGAUGUUUAUUUGGUUGGCGCCAGUGGUGGUGUUUACGCUUUACUAGCUGCCCAUUUGGCUAACGUUAUGAUAAACUAUCAUCAAAUGCGUUAUGGAAUUUUACGUUUGGCAGCCAUUUUAUUUUUUGCUUCCUGUGAUGUGGGUUUUGCAGUUUAUGCUCGUUUUGCUGAUGACUAUCCCUCCGUAUCUUUUAUUGCCCAUUUAACUGGCGCUUUCGCUGGUCUAACAAUCGGUCUAUUAGUGUUGAAGAAUUUCGAACAAAAGCUGCACGAACAAUUACUGUGGUGGAUUGUUUUGGGCAUCUAUGCAGCCUGCAUUAUAUUCGCCAUCAUCUUUAACAUUCUCAAUAGUGCGAUAAUGCAGAGUCUUAAAGCGAAACCGAUUUACGCAACAGAAACGUACUACAAUAAUUUUCAAGUUUGAUGUAAAAGCUUUAAUUUAUCUAUUGUAUUAAUUUAAUUUUUUAUACAGCCCACUUAGAUACAUACGU